GCCCGAUGAGUGCGCUGGUCUUCAUCGCGAGCUGCUGGGCUGCGCCACCCCGGCCGCGCCUGCACCGCCCCGUGCCGAUCCACGCUGCCGUAUCGACUGCACCGACUGGCCGGCGCGUCGUGCUCGGAUUUGCUCGCUCCGCCGCCGUCACUGCCGCUGGCGCUGCACUUGCAAGCGGUUGUGGCGCUCGAGCGGCUGGCGCUGCUGGCGCGGCGGAUGCGACGGCUGAGUGGUACGUGGGUGCGGAGUCGGCCACCGUGCUGCGGUGGGUCGAUAAGGACACUAUCCCACCCGGCGCGGCGACGGCCAUGGAGGCGUUCUACACGCUCGAGUUCACGACGUACCUAUCUCGCUUCCUGCUCAACUUUGACGCCGACUGCGCGGCGUGGUGGGAGACGCGGAUGGCGGCGAUUCCCGCGAACCUCCCGCCGGACAAGCAGACUUCGCGGCGCAACGCCGCCUUUGGUGCCUUCUCUGCGUCGGUCGAGUACGGUCUGCGCCGCUACCCGGGCGCGAGCGGGCCAAAGGCUCUGCUCCGCUCGCUGGAGCGGCAGCACGGCUCGGACCCGGAGGCGUGCCGGCACCUGGCGCUCGCAUUCACCUUCCUCGACGAGCGCUCCCAGCCGCGCGACGAUAUCGCCCGCCUCGUCCGCCGCGUGACUGCGGGAGAGAGCGGCGCGACCGGCACUGGCGGCUCGGUCACCGCGAUUGUGCCUCCCGCCUUCUCGCCCGGCCUGCCAGACUACUUGUGGCAGGACCCCACCGCGCUGCUCCCGUCGACGCAGCUGCCGGUGCGGACGCGCAGCGGACUGUACGAAGUGCGCGGGCUCGCGCCCUUCCUGCUCGACGGCAGGCCAACUCUCGCGCCGCCGCCCGCCGCCGGCCAGCGAAUCGCUCGCACGACUGUCUUCGGGCCGCGCGGUGACGUGGCGGGCGAGGAGCGGGCGCUGCGGCUGGCCGACUUUGCGCUCUUCGCCCUCGCCGGCUGCGCGGGCUGCGCCGGCACCCACUCCGCCGUGAUCCCGCUGGACGUGGUCAAGACACGGCUGCAGACGGCGCCAGGAAGGUACGCCACCCUCCAGGCCGCCUUCGGGGACAUCUUGCGCGAGGAAGGGGCGGAGGGGUUGCUGCUCGGGGCGGCGCCGACGCUGCUAGGGUACGCCUACUACGGAGCGACCGUCUACCCGGGCUUCGAGUUCUUCCGCCGCACCUUCGACCUCCAGCUCGGCCCCGCCCUCGCCGCCUCGCUGCACGCGCCGGUGGUCCUCCUCUCGGGCGCCUGCGCGACGGUGGUGGCUUGCCUCGGCGUCUGCCCCGCCGAGGUGGUUCGCAUCCGGAUGGUCUCUCGCCCGGAGGCGUACGGCGGAGGCUCCGAUUUGGGCGGGGCUCUCGCCGCCUUGCGCGCCGAGGCGGAGGCCGCGGGUGCACCGCUCCGCUCGCUCCUCUACUCUGGCUUCCGCCCGCUCGUGCUGCGCCAAGUCAUCUUUGGGAUGAUCAAGUUCUUCACCUUCGACUUCGUGGUGGGGGCGGUGCUCGAGGUGGCGCCCCAGCUCGGAGAGUCGGCGCAGACCGAGCUCCUCCUCUCCCUCGGCGCCGGCCUGGUCGCCGGCGUCGCCUCCUCCCUCAUCUCCCAGCCCGCUGACACGAUCCUGUCGCGCAUGAACCGCGGCGCGGCCGCCGCCGCCACCGCGUCGUCCGCCACGACCGCCGCCGCCGCCGCCACAGCUGCCACAGCUGCCACCGCCGCGCCACGCGCCGCCGCCUCCGCCGCCGCUGUCGCGCGCGCGCCGCCGCCGCCGCCGCCGCCUUCUCCUGGACUGCUGCGCUCGGCCCGCGAGAUCGUCGCCGAGUACGGCGUCGGGGGCUUCUACCUCGGCGCUGGCGCGCGCUGUGUCUGGUCGGGCGCCAUCAUCGCCGGCCAGUUUUUCUUCUAUGACCUCGCGCGCCAGCUGCUCAACGUCGCCGCGGACGACUUGCUCGUUGUGCUGGACGUCAACCUGUAGCCGCGCGGCGUGGCGCCACCGCUGACGCGAGCUCCUUGGUGUACGUAUCCAUGUAUGUGUUGUGUUAGUUUUGGGCGAGUAAUGCGUAAAGUAAAC